AUGGCCGCCCUCCGUGUCUCCGCCACCCGCAUGGCCUCUCAGAUGGCCAUCAAGGCCGCUCGCCCUGCCAUGCGUGCCCCCGUCACUGCCGCUGCCAAGCGCACCCUGACCACCGGCUCCCCCAUGCAGGCCGUCAAGCGCCAGCAGGCCUCCACCAUCCUCAAGGCUGCCAACCGCAACGCCUUCCAGGGUCAGCGCCGCGCCUACUCUUCUGAGAUGGCCAACGCCCUCGUCGAGGUCUCUAAGAACUUGGGUAUGGGCUCUGCCGCCAUCGGUCUGACUGGUGCUGGUAUCGGUAUCGGUCUCGUCUUCGCCGCCCUCCUCAACGGUGUUGCCCGCAACCCUGCCCUCCGUGGCCAGCUCUUCUCCUACGCCAUUCUGGGUUUCGCCUUCGUCGAGGCCAUCGGUCUUUUCGACCUGAUGGUUGCCCUCAUGGCCAAGUUCGUAAGUCAACGCCUCUAUCUCGACGCCUUGCCUUCGUCGGAAGUUGCCUAG